GGGGGUCAUUGUAGAAGCGUGCUCGUCGCGACCCCUGCCAGCCCUUUUCAGGGCUGCAAUUCUACUAGCUGCGCACCCAUGCCAACGAGGGUUAGGGCGUCCCCCCAAGGCGACGCACACCAGCUCGUCCCCGUUGGUGUGGAAUGCAGCGUGCAAAGCGGCGAUGGGGACCGCCACCCGUCACGCGCAGCCCGACACGGCGGAAGGUGGAGGACAGAGUGCAGAGUUGGCACGUGGAAUGUUAGAGGAGGCAUGAGAGAUAAGACGAAUGAGUUGAUCGAAAUAAUGAAAGAAAGAGAAUUAGAUGUCGUGUGUAUGUCGGAGACCAAACGGAAGGGCAGUGGUACUGAAGAGCUCCCUGGCGGGGCGUUAGCUCUAUGGUCAGGAGUCCCGGAGAGCGAGAACGCCUGCCAGGGAGUGGGGGUGCUGCUGUCUUCUCGGUUGGUCGAUGUUAUGACUGAAUAUAAGGUUGUGAACUCAAGACUUCUCUGGGUUCGCUUUAAAUUGGGACUGACGAAGUUAUUCCUUUUGGCUGUUUAUGCGCCGGUAGCUUCGUCGUCCAGGGCUGAGCUGGAGGAGUUUUGGGAGAAUGUAAGAGAAGUUCUAGAUUUGGCUAGGGGAAACGAAAGAAUUGUUGUAUGUGGUGAUUUGAAUGGAUGGGUUGGUACCGCUCGACCAGGGUACGAGUCGGUACUUGGAAAGUUUGGCGAUAAAAGGGUUAAUGAUGCUGGCAAGCUUAUACUGGCGGUGUGCAAGGAAAAGGGUCUUCUUGUGACAAACACUAUGUUUAAUCACAAGAAAAUCCAUAUAUAUACUAGAGAACGAAAGAAUGAGAGAAGUAUGAUUGAUUUGUUCCUGGUGGAUGACCGACUGCGAAAACAGGUGAUGGAUACGCGAGUGUUCAGGGGUGCUGACCUGGGAACGGAUCACUAUCUAGUGAUUACUAGAUUUAGGGGUCUGUUCGCGGGUUGGCGCUACCGGACGGCAGUAACAGAACCACAGUCGGUCUGUCGCAUCCGAAGCUGGAAGCUUCAGGAAGCGGAUACUAGGGACAAAUAUCAUGCGAGGGUAGCCGAAAAGCUUGACACCAUCGAUGGCAGAAAAGAAUGUGUAGAAAGAACUUGGCAGAACCUUAGGGAUGGAAUGGUAAGUGCAGCGGAAGAAGUGUGUGGAACAAUAAAAAGAGGCAGUAGUAAAAGAAGAGAUGCAUGGUGGAAUGAUGAAGUGAAAGAAGCUGUAAAAAAGAAGAAGAAAGCAUGGUUAGACUACUUGGCCUCUAGUAAUGAUAAGGAUAUGAGAGAGAAGAUGAAAGAAAGAUAUAGGCUGCAGAAAGUUCACACGAAAGCAUUGAUUGAGGAAGUGCGUGAAAGGUGUAGAAUGGAAGCGGACGAAAGAUUGUCGCACAACUUUAAGGAGAACUCCAAACUCUUCUGGAAAGAGGUUGGAAGGACCCGGAGUGGUGCGACAGCCUUAAGAAUGAACAAAGUGCUUUCGAGAACUAAUGACGUCCUCUCAAAAAAAUCGGACGUCAUGCAGCGAUGGAGCGAAUUUUAUAGAGAAAUGUAUGCGUAUGAUGAUCUUAGUGAGGGAUCCGGGGAUGACGCCGUGACUGGUACGCCAGACCCGGACCUCGAUGACACUGAGGUCAUCAGUAUGAAAGAGAUUGAACGUGCGAUUCGAAGUUUGAAAUGUGGUAAGGCUGCGGGACUAGACAGAGUUACUGCUGAAAUGGUCAAGUAUGGUGGGCCUCGCGUCUGGGACAGCUUUCAUCUGCUGUGCAAUUUGUGCUGGCGGACGGGGGAUGUCCCGGAUGAUUGGCGAUCCGCAGUCAUUGUGCCUUUAUAUAAAGGUAAAGGUUCACAUUUUGACUGCGGGUGCUAUCGGGCGAUCAGCUUGACCAGUUUAGCAAGUAAAGUUUACUCGAAGGUUUUGACACGUAGGAUGCAAGAGAAAUCGGAAAGAUUUCUAUGGGAGGCACAAUGCGGAUUUAGACCUGGAAGAGGAUGCACGGAUCAAAUGUUUUCUCUCCGCAUGAUCACGGAAAAGCUUCUGGCUGCUAACCAGAAGAUUUUCUGUGCUUUUGUGGAUCUUGAGAAAGCAUUUGAUAAGGUUGUAAGGAAGAAAAUGUGGGAACUGUUGCCGGGGUAUGGUGUGGAUGGUCGAUUGCUAAGGGCUGUGCAGUCUCUUUACUGUGACUGUAAAGCCUGUGUGCGGGUAGGGCAUGACCUGUCACCCAUGUUUGACGUCCAAACGGGCGUAAAGCAGGGUUGUGUCAUGUCUUCCUGGCUGUUCAUACUGUAUUUCGACAGUUGUUUACAGAAGCUGAAAGAUAGUUGUUUGGGUGUGAAAUUGGGUGACAUUAAAGUAAAUUGUCUGCUGUAUGCUGAUGAUGCAGUGCUUAUUGCACCAUCAGAGGCAGAACUGCAGGCAUUAGUCACGUGUAUGAAAGAGGAAUGUGAAAUUAAAGGUCUCCGUUUGAAUGCUAAUAAAACUAAGGUUCUGGUAUUUGAAAGGGACGAAGAGAGAACGAAGUGUGAAAUAUGGGUAAAUCAGGAAUGUCUAGAACAGGUAAAUGAAAUUGUAUACUUGGGGAGUGCUUUUAGCCGGGAUGGAAGAUGUGAUUUAGAUGUGGACAGGCGUGUCGCUGCCGGGAACAAAGUCAAUGGUGCCCUGACUGCGUUAGUCAAAAGGCAAGGCGUAGCGAAGAGUGCACGCCUUGCAAUACAUAACGCAGUGUUGGUACCGACUUUGUUAUAUGGCAGCGAAACCUGGGUAUGCCAGAAGAAGCAUAAAAGUAAGUUGAAUGCAGUGGAGAUGCGAUCUCUUCGUAAAAUGUGCGGCGUUACCAUGGCCGACCGAAAGCGAAACGAAGAGAUUCGCAAUAUGGCAGGUUUGAAAGAUGACCUUAUCACAAAAAUUGAUAAGGGCGUGCUUCGGUGGUUUGGGCACGUUGAGCGAAUGAGUGAAGACCGAAUGGUGAAGAAAAUAUAUAGCGCGAAAGUUAAUAUUAAAAGGUGUCGAGGUAGACCGAGACUAACUUUCGAAGACCAUGUGAGCAAAUUGCUCGAAGAGGGUAGGGUCAAAAGUACUCGGAUACCUAGACGUGCAUGCAUGAAGAAGAUAAUGAAUCUGAAAGAAGCGAAAGAGGUUUGUAAGGAUCGUGACACUUGGCGAUCUGUUCUCUCUGGCUACCCCGUCAGGGAUUGUGCGUGAAGAUAAGAACCAUCAACUCGAAACCGAAACCGGUUAAUCUUGCUGACGUUGUCGAAAAAGCCCGCGACACAUUCAACCGUGGCGUCACGAAGCCAAUAGAAUGGCGUCGGCAACAGCUACAGAAUCUGCUGCGUUUGUACACAGAGAACCAGAAUGCUAUGAUAGCAGCACUGCAAAAGGACCUUCGUCGAAGCAAGAUGGAGGCAGUCCUCCUCGAGACCGACUACUUGAUAAAUGAUCUUAAAAACACUCUGAAUAAUUUGGAGGAAUGGGCUAAACCUGAGCGGCCAUCAAAAGGCUUAGUGAACAUGCUCGACGACGUUGUCAUUUACAACGACCCCUAUGGCGUGGCCUUGGUCAUCGGUGCGUGGAACUAUCCCCUUCAGCUGCUACUGCUACCGAUGGCAGGCGCCAUUGCCGCCGGUAACGUGGUUAUUGUGAAGCCGAGCGAACUCGCCGUGGCCUGCGCGCAGUUCAUUGCUGAAAUGAUUCCAAAAUACUUGGAUAAUGACGCAGUGAUAGUGGUAGAGGGAGGUCCUGAGGAAACUACCGAGCUCCUGAAACAGAAAUUUGACUAUAUUUUCUAUACGGGCGGAACCAACGUUGGAAAAAUCGUCUACGCCGCCGCCACCAAAUAUCUUACGCCCGUAACUUUGGAACUGGGUGGGAAAAGCCCAGUGUACAUAGACAGCACUGUAGAUAUCAGAGUCACGGCAAAGCGAGUCCUGUGGGGUAAAUUUAUCAACGCUGGACAGACUUGCAUCGCUCCGGAUUACGUCUUAUGCUCCAAGGAGGUCCAAGACAAGUUUAUAGAAGCCGCCAGGGACAUACUCAAAGAGUGGUACGGAGAUGACGCACAAAAAUCACCGGACCUGUGCAGAAUUAUAAAUAGCAGACAUUUCAGCCGCCUCCAAGCUUUAGUUGACGCUUGCAAAAGCAAAAUCGCAAUCGGCGGUGGUUGCGACCCAAAAGAAAGGUUUAUUGAACCCACCAUAGUAGCUAAUGUGACUGGGGGCGAGAAAAUAAUGGAGGACGAAAUAUUCGGUCCCAUUCUGCCAAUAGUUCCCGUUGAGAACGCUUAUGAGGCCAUCAAAUUUAUUAAUGCCAGAGAGAAGCCGCUGGUGCUCUACGUUUUCUCCAAGGACAAGGAUCUUGUGUCGAAUAUUGUCGAGAACACUAGUUGCGGCGGGAUGUGCGUUAACGAUACGAUAAUGCACAUGGGAGUUGAUACGUUGCCCUUCGGUGGUGUAGGCAACAGUGGAAUGGGCGCUUAUCACGGCAAGGCCACUUUUGAUACGUUCACGCACAAGAAGAGUUGUUUGGUUAAGAACUUUGCCGUCAUAGGCGAGAAGCUUGGAUCGAUGCGCUAUCCGCCGUACAAUGACAGCAAGUUGAAUAAGAUUACAAGAUUAAUGGCUAAAAGGAGUAUGCCGUCACUCAGUUUCUUGCCAUACCUGUUGACGUUCAUUCUAGGAGCUGGGGUUUCUUACGGUAUCUUCGCGUGGCAGAAGGUAAAGAAGUAACUUGUAAUUAUGCUCAUUGUCAAUCUAUAUACAGUUAUAUACACUAUAGUACACAGUAACACAAUCUGUAAAUUUAUUCUUGCUGUUUUAAUUAGGUAUAGAUGUUUAAUCUUACGAAGGCGGCCGAGCCUGACUCUGCUGCAUAGCAAAGUACACUUUCAUUCUCUUACAUCACUGCGAACAAUGUUUCUCCGUUUACUUGCCCUUUUAACGGUACUCGAUAACAAUUUUGGACUCGAGGAGCUCACGCACACUAUUACAAUAUGCAUGUACAACUACACUAGUGCAAGACCGACCCGUCAUUGUGAGUAAAAAUACUAUGAAAGAUGGUAUGUCAGUUAAAAUGAACUAUAAUGCUUAAUUACGUGCACUCACAAAGUAAUCAACACGGAAAAUGUUGUGUCGGUGUUUUUGUAUAAAUUAGGAUUAAUUUUUACAAGAUGUGUUAGAUUAUUAACAUGCAAAAUAGCGUGAUAGUGACAAAAAACUAAACACGUAUAUUGAUUCACACGUCAGAAAUAACCAAAGUGCUUCUGCACUUGAUCAUGACAAAUAUAUUAUUUAUUUGGCUAUUCUUAGUAAAUUAAUCAUAUCAAAAGUUUUAAUAGAUUUUUGUUAUAUAUUUUAUUGAAAAUAGUGACAAACGGAUACAAACUAUAAUUAUAUAUAAACACUAGCGACAAUUAUAAAAAGAAUGACUUCAGGCGCACAAAUAGCAAUAAUAAAUCAAUGGAAUAUUAUAUAAGUACCCAACUUUAUAUUAAAAGAAAUGAAAAUGUUAAGUGUGACGCACACUUUAAUUAAUCAUCAAGAACAAUAAGUUACUGAAAUAUCAUUACAUAAAUUUGCAAUUAUUUUUGUGCUUAUAUUAUUUUUAAACUCGGAUCCUUUAUAAAUGAUUAUAAAUAAUAUCUAGUAUAAAUAGUGUGCGUCACGCAUUGGUGACAACUAUUAUGUCAAGUUGUAGGACAUUUAUUAACGAAUAUAUCUUUAUAUUU